UGAAUAUAUUCAACAAAUCAUAAAGAUAUUGGAACUUUAUAUUUUAUUUUUGGUGUUUGAGCAGGGAUAAUUGGAACUUCAUUAAGAUUAUUAAUUCGUACAGAAUUAGGUAAUCCAGGUUCAUUAAUUGGAGAUGAUCAAAUUUAUAACACAAUUGUAACAGCUCAUGCUUUUAUCAUAAUUUUUUUUAUAGUUAUACCUAUUAUAAUUGGAGGAUUUGGAAAUUGAUUAGUCCCUUUAAUAUUAGGAGCCCCUGAUAUAGCAUUCCCACGUAUAAAUAAUAUAAGAUUUUGAUUGCUUCCCCCUUCAUUAACGUUAUUAAUUUCUAGAAGUAUUGUUGAAAACGGAGCAGGAACAGGAUGAACUGUAUAUCCCCCAUUAUCCUCUAAUAUUGCUCAUAGAGGAGCAUCAGUUGAUUUAGCUAUUUUUUCAUUACACCUUGCUGGAAUUUCAUCUAUUCUUGGAGCUAUUAAUUUUAUUACAACAAUUAUCAAUAUACGUAUUAAUAAUAUAUCUUUUGAUCAAAUACCUUUAUUUGUUUGAGCAGUAGGAAUUACUGCUUUAUUACUUUUACUAUCUUUACCAGUUUUAGCUGGUGCUAUUACUAUAUUAUUAACAGAUCGGAACUUAAAUACAUCAUUUUUUGACCCUGCAGGAGGGGGAGAUCCUAUUCUUUACCAACAUUUAUUUUGAUUUUUUGGUCAUCCCGAAGUAUAUAUUUUAAUUUUACCUGGAUUUGGUAUAAUUUCUCAUAUUAUUUCUCAAGAAAGAGGGAAAAAAGAAACUUUUGGUUCUUUAGGAAUAAUUUAUGCUAUAAUAGCAAUUGGAUUAUUAGGAUUUAUUGUAUGAGCUCAUCAUAUAUUUACAGUAGGGAUAGAUAUUGAUACUCGAGCUUAUUUUACUUCAGCUACUAUAAUUAUUGCUGUUCCUACAGGAAUUAAAAUUUUUAGUUGAUUAGCAACUUUAUAUGGAACUCAAAUUAAUUAUAGUCCUUCUAUAAUUUGAAGUUUAGGAUUUGUAUUUUUAUUUACAGUAGGGGGAUUAACAGGAGUAAUUUUAGCUAAUUCUUCUAUUGAUAUUAUUCUUCAUGAUACUUACUAUGUUGUAGCUCAUUUUCAUUAUGUUCUAUCUAUAGGAGCCGUAUUUGCAAUUCUUGGGGGAUUUGUUCAUUGAUACCCCUUAUUUACAGGAUUAACAUUAAAUCCUUAUUAUUUAAAAAUUCAAUUUAUUACUAUAUUUAUUGGAGUUAAUAUAACCUUUUUCCCUCAACAUUUUUUAGGUUUAGCAGGUAUACCUCGUCGAUACUCUGAUUACCCAGAUAACUAUCUUUCAUGAAAUAUUAUUUCAUCUUUAGGAUCUUAUAUUUCUUUAAUUGGAACAAUCAUAAUGAUAAUAAUUAUUUGAGAAUCUAUGAUUAAUAAACAUUUAAUUAUUUUUUCAAUGAAUAUACCUUCUUCAAUUGAAUGAUAUCAAAAUUUACCCCCAGCUGAACAUUCAUAUAAUGAACUCCCUAUUAUAAGUAUUUUCUAAUA